AAAUCACAAGGCGGUGCUUUGCCUAUUUGAUAUCGGUAACUCUGGCUUUUGCAUAAAAGCCUCCCGAAUCAGUGAAAUUCUUACACAGCAGCACACACGCAAUCGAAUCCUUAGACAACAAUCGAUGGGCGACAGCUUCAGAGUUCGCGCGGACAAGGUUUUUGGAUCGAUCCCUUCGUCGACCUCGUCGUUCCCGAAAGUACAGCAAUCCUCGCCCUGGUCCGUUACCGGCGACGCGGUGGAGCGCAGAGAAUGGAAGCGGGGCAAGGACGCCGGUACCUCAUCCAACAGAGACCAAACGCCGUGCUCGUCGUCGUUUCUGGAGGACGAAUGGGGGAUCAAAGCAUCGAUCGGCAAGGACCCCACUCUGGAUUUCGAGGAAGAGGAAGAUGAAUAUGACAAAGUGGCGGCGGGAACAGAAGGCGUUAGCGAGCGUUUGUACAUGGAUGAGAUUGCCAAUCAUGGGCCCUUUUUAAAUUCUCAAAAUGUGCUUCAUGGUAGCAGCAAAGAUCCGCGUGCCAAUUUCCUGGCUGCUAAACUUCGGCUGAAAGAAGAUGAUGCUGAAGCUCGAAAGUCAAAUUCUACCCUGGCUACUGCUUUACCAGUCAAGAAACAGACUGUAGAAUCACCUGAAGACGGUGGCCGGCCAAAGUCUAUAUUGAAAAGGAAAGGCCAUACCUCAGAUACGAAGGUGCAGAAACGUGUCAGGUUUGAUCCUGCUUUUGUAGCUCAUAGUCAUUCUAAAGAAGCAGAAGUUCAGUCUGAUGUGAAUGGAAUGGUUUCAGGUCCAAGCCCUUUCUCUAUGAAAGCAAAAAGUAAGCGCCCAAAAUACCGUGGGGUACCUGAUUAUUUGGUGAAUCCUUCAAAGUAUACAUGUUAUAGCUUCGAUACAACAGCCAAAGUCGAUGAAGUUGCCAACGCCCAGGCUUGUACAGAGUACCUUACUCCGGAUGAGAGUUCAAAUUCAGAGUCAAGGUCAGAGACAGAGGAUUCUUCACCUAAACUUCCCGUGUCUGUGACCUUUAGUUCGAAGAAGAAGAGAGGAGAUGACAAUGCAGUUAAUGAUAGCAACAGAAUGAAGCUAGACAAGGAAGAUGACAAAACGGAGUCCUUAAAACGAGCAGGCAUCCCCGUUGGCAUUGCAGCCGUUGAAGUCCAAAGUGAUGUUAAUGCGGUUGAGGAAGAAGGUUCGCAACCAAGCGCACCAGUUGCAAGUGCUUGUGUACAGAAAUCUGGUCGGAAGUAUCGGAAAAAAACAGUAUCCGAUGAGUCUGAUUCUUGAUGUGCUGGAUUUUUCGUCCUCUCAUACUUGAAACCACGCAAUCAUGUAGCCUCACGACUUAAGCUUCGCGGAAUGAUGGGUUAUCCGACUGGUGUUAUGAAUGUGUAAGAAUUUGGUUCGUUUGAUGUUUUUUCAUUUUUUUUUUUUCAAAUAUAAAUGUCACUGCGUUGGUGUC